AUGGCCGGCAACUUUAAAAAGGACAUGUUGAUCGAUGUUAUUGGCGUGAUCGAUGCUAUUGGAUAUCAACAAACUGGAAGUGGUGGAAAAAAAUUGCAAGUCAAUUUUGUUCUGAGGGAUGCAGCCAACAACACAAUGAACUGCACCCUCUGGGAGGACUAUGCCAAACAGUUUUUCAAGUUUAACGAGGAAAAUGCAACGACGUUUGGACCAACGGUGGUUUUGCUUAACUAUGCAAAAGUUAAAGAACAGGGCCAAUACCCGCUAUCAGUUACAAAUACGUUCCAUGUUACAAAACUCCAAAUCAAUCCAGAUCUACCUUCAGUUAAAGACUUCUUAAAUAGUUUCUCAAAGGCAGCUUUGCGUACCGUUUCAACCACACUCAGCUCGCACUCUCAACAAUAUUCCCGCAGCUCGGGUUCUGAGAACGUCCAACAGAGUGACACCCAGAAGUUGCUUAGUAAAGCUGUUGCUCUGCCUUUGAGUGAGAUUAAACAACUGCGCGAGGAGAAAUUCUGUGCCACGGUUGCAAAGACAAGUAAACUUAUCGCUUCAUCCUAUGGAUGGUAUAAGAUUGAGGUGGAAGGAUUCCACCUGGAAACAUCUUGCAAGUUUAUUUUCUGGGACAGGGAAUGCAGUCAGAUCCUUGGUGUUUCAGCUGCUCAAAUGCGAAACACAAUGAUAGAGGCGGGUAUCACGGAUCCUUUGGAUUUUCCCUUACGGCUUGACGCCAUGUUGCACUUGGAUCUGGCUUUAAGAGUUAGGUGGCAGCCCAGUUGGGACAGCUGCUCUGUUAUUAUGUUUGUGGAUGACAAACCGUUUGUUAAACAAUUCGGUGCGCAGUGGGAACCUACAGAGGCCAACCUCCCGAUACCUGAACCUUCCGGAACAAAACUACCAGUGCAGAUAAAAGAGAGCGUUGAUGAAGCUAACACCGCUGCUGCCGAUGAUUGUGAAGUUCUUACGGACCUGGAGAUAACAUCCAAACAUAACCCCGAUCCGCAAACACCAACUGCUAAAAGGCAGAACCAUGAUGGCUCAAGCGAAUCGACGACCGUGUGUGAUGGAGAACUUUCUUCCACAAAACUUAAAAAGAUCAUCAAGUUGGAAAAGACUAAAUAG